AUGAAGCUGACCGGCGCUGCCCUGGGGCUGAGCGAUGGCAUCAACACGCAGAAGCCGGCCCUCAUGGUCGACACGCUGGAGCAGCAGCUGCCGCCGCCGCCCAUCAGCAAGAGCGACGAGCAGUUUUUGGAGGGCGGCGUGGAGUUUGUGUGGGGGGAAGAGGGCCUGGAUGUGGGGGAGCUCAACGACCUCUUUGAGAAGGUGGGCUUCCCGCGGCGCGACCCCUCGCGCCUGGCGCUGGCGCUGGCCAACACGUACCGCACCAUCUGGAUCCGCGCAGCGCGCAAGUCGCGGCUGGCGCGCGAGGGGCAGCUGCUGGGCUUUGCGCGGGCCACCAGCGACGGCGCGCUGUCUGCCGUCAUCUGGGACGUCUCGGUGGCCCCCGCCUGGCAGCGCGGCGGGCUGGGCCGCGCGCUCGUGGAGCGCCUCACCUCCUCCCUCGUGCACGACGGCAUCGCCACCAUCACGCUGUACGCGGAGCCCGGGGUGGUGGCCCUGUACGAGAAGCUGGGGUACGUGAGCGAUCCGGAAGGCAUCCGCGGCGUGGCCUUCCAGACCAAGUCCGCCUUUGGGCGCAGCAUGGCGGCCGCGCUGCGCCGGUAG